CAGCACGAUCGUUGUGCGGAAUCGCACACCGCUCUUUGCAGGACGGUGUGCAUGGGCCUCCAUACCCUCGCUACCCUCCACAGGUUAUCAAUCACGGCGGUACGCGACACCGCCGCCGCAGGUAGUACACAGCGACUUGCCGAUGGAGAGAUAUCACGCGUAUGCAGACGCGACGAUGGACCGCAUGCUUGAGUCGCUCGAGGAGCUGCUUGACACGGUGACGGAUCCGGAGUAUGAAGUGGAGUAUAGUAGCGGCGUCCUGACGCUGAAGCUCGGCGAGAACAGGACCUACGUGAUCAACAAGCAGCCGCCGAACAAGCAGAUCUGGCUCUCCUCACCUAUCAGCGGCCCGAAGCGGUACGACUACGUGGAAUCCGCGGACGACUGGGUGUAUGACCGGGACGGGCGCACAAUGGGCGAGCUGCUCGACCGGGAGCUGAGCGCUGCGUUCGGACGUGAGGUCAGUCUGGGGCUCACCAGGGUGAGCAAGCUGGAUGCAUGACGCGCCACUUCGAGCGCCGUCGCCUCAUACUCGGACGUCUGCGGUGACUGUUCUCAUAUGGGAGAUGAACGUGGAGAAGGGUGGGGGCGCGCGACACCCUUGGACGCUGAGAGCGGCUGCGUUUGGGCGGUUUGACUAGGUGCUUCUUCCUUGUCCCGUUGCUCGGCUAAACGGACGGAGCUCGCUGGGAAGCAUGGUCGCUUUCGGGGAAGUUGCGGAGGAGGUGUGGUUUAGCUGAUCGGAUGCUAGUACGUGUAAGCGUUCAUUAGUUAUUAGCGUGGUGUCGGCGUUCGCGUUCGCUGCGUCGGGGCGGCUACUGUAGUCGUGCAUGGGAGAAUUUAGUACUGACAGGUAG